AUGCUUCAGAUCAAGUUUUCUCUCAAUGCCAAUCACUAUGGAGAACAAGGGAGCUUCGACUUCUUACCUGGAGAAAAUUCAGAGAAAGAGAUUCUAGACGCAGUCCGCAUCUCUUGUAAACUUCAGUCGAUGUUGCCUAUCGAAACGGUCAUCAGCCUUUACAAGCAGAUUCAAGCUGAUGCAGACUGUUUAAUCGAUUAUGAGGUGAAGCACAACAGCUCUGGACAAUUUUCUUCAUCGGCCCUGGAUGGUAGCCCAAAUCAAGGCCAUCUUGCAGUAUCGUCAGACGGGGUGGUCCAACCGAACGACCAAAACUUGUCCGAUGUAUCCGUCGACACCCGUAAUCAAUCUUUUCCUAACGAUUUCGACAAGUAUCUCCCGGACGGCCCAAACAUAAACUCACCAAACAACUCGGAUGUAACUUCUCACGACUCCGCCAUCGAUUUAGACGAUGACCACCAAUAUACCUCGACUCGGCCUGGAUCUUCAAAAACCUUGGGUACCCAAUAUACGAAGAACGAGACGCAUAUUCGUUCGGUCAGCCUAACGAGUCCAACGAUUGGGCGACUGGAGAGGUCAACAAAAGUGACACCAGAGGAAAUUGAAUCGAGAGGCGCAACACCUGAACGCUUCCGACAAUCCUUGUCGAGACCCCAGCCGACAGUUGAAGAUGCUCCCGAUGAGGACGAAAUUGCUGCUAUCAAUUCAAUUGGCUCUGACGACAUUACCUCGAGUGAACGAUACUCAUUUGAACGAUACUCAUUAGAACCACAGCAACGAGCCGACUAUGCUCCUAGCAAUGCAAGGGGUAGUGACCCUGAUGAUUGUUCAAUUUCGAAUGAAAGCUUUGGGGAAUCGGAUAUUAACUUGGCCAUUGGUGAUUUUGGUGAUUCUAUGAGGUUUUUGAGUGAAGACGAGAAUUCGGUCGACUUGACCUCGAAUCCCCAAGGUCGCAUUUCCAGAUCUAUCUCUCCGCUUAAUAAUAAUGGCCUGUCUGCGCGGCCUAAGAAGCUUUCAGAUGCGUCCCACUUGCCCUUGUCAAUUGGGGGUUUUCAGGCAAGCUCCAAGCGGAAGCUUUCCCUUGCUGUUGAAUCUCAAUCAGACCAAUCCUCUAGGAACCUCAGGCCCCGCCUUGCCCUUGAGCAAUUAGAGGAGCCUGAGCAACCGGAGGAGCCGGAGCAACCGGAGGAGCCGGAGCAACCGGAGGAGCCGGAGCAACCAGAGGAGCCGGAGCAACCAGAGGAGCCGGAGUAA